AUGAAAACACAAAGUUAUAUAUGGGGAUUUAUGCUUGAAAAUACUUUCUUUAUGGAAUUUGAUGAAUCUAAUCAUAUCGUCAUUGAAACUGCUUAUCAACAAAAAAAAUUACAACAAACAAGUCAUCAUAUUCUUAUUCGUGAUUCACAUCUUCCCUGUGAAGCCAAGAUUUAUUUUGGUGUCGCCCAAAUUCAUCUCCGAAUGCCUGGUACAAGAUAUUAUGUCAAAAGAAAAACCGUUGGUCCACGUGCUUCUAACAAUACACAACAACAUUCUCUUCGUCGUUGUCGUCGUCGUCAUAGUCAACAAAGUCCUUCUCGAUCCCUCAUCCAUCAAGAACCAUCUUCGACUUUGAUGCAAUCCUAUAUACCAUUCUCCUCCUCUUUGAUGAUGGAUCCUAGUUUCAUGUGGAUUCCCCCAACCCCUUCCUAUUCAACAACAAUGGUCCCAUCUCCUAUCAAUACAACUGAACCCUUACAAUCAUCCUCAUCCUCAUCAACUUCAUCAUCAUCAUCAUCUAGUCAUCUUGAUGAUCUUCUUGCUUCUCCUGAUAAUUAUUGGAACUAUUCUUGGUUAGAUUCUCUUCAAACUUCCUCACCAUCUUCUACAAAAGCUUUGCUUAUCCCAUGGUCUACCAAUCCUUCUUCUCUUUAA